ACAAGGCCUGCGCCCAACCCCAGCGGGGCAGAAGCGAUUGGCCCCGCCCCUUGCUCGGUCGCUGGGUUCGUGCUGUGUGAGGCCUCCCCGCCCCCUGCACUGUUCCUCCGGGCCCUGUCGCGUCGGGAUGAGCCGCGCUUCCCCAUGGAGACCAAACGGGUCGAGAUUCCCAGCAGCGUCCUGGACGAUCUGUGCAGUCGAUUCAUUUUGCACAUUCCGAGUGAGGAAAGAGACAAUGCAAUCAGAGUGUGUUUUCAGAUUGAACUUGCCCAUUGGUUUUACUUGGAUUUCUACAUGCAGAACACACCAGGAUUACCUCAGUGUGGGAUAAGAGACUUUGCUAAAGCUGUCUUUAGCCAUUGCCCUUUUUUACUGCCUCAAGGUGAAGAUGUGCAAAGGGUUUUGGAUGAGUGGAAAGAGUAUAAAAUGGGAGUACCAACCUAUGGUGCAAUUAUUCUUGAUGAGACACUUGAAAAUGUACUGCUGGUUCAAGGAUAUCUAGCAAAGUCUGGCUGGGGAUUUCCAAAAGGGAAAGUAAAUAAAGAAGAGGCUCCACAUGACUGUGCAGCUAGAGAGGUGUUUGAAGAAACUGGUUUUGAUAUCAAAGAUUACAUCUGCAAAGAUGACUAUAUUGAACUACGAAUCAAUGAUCAGCUAGCACGCUUGUACAUCAUUCCAGGAGUUCCAAAGGACACAAAAUUCAACCCCAAAACCAGAAGAGAAAUUCGGAACAUUGAAUGGUUCUCAAUUGACAAAUUACCAUGCCAUAGAAAUGACAUGACCCCAAAGUCCAAGCUAGGUUUGGCGCCUAACAAGUUUUUCAUGGCCAUUCCCUUCAUCAGACCAUUGAGAGAUUGGCUUUCUCGAAGAUAUGGGGACUCCUCUGAUAGUGACAAUGGAUUUUCAUCCACUGGGAGCACACCAUCCAAGCUCAACAUGGAGAAAACAAGAUCCAAACUUCGUUAUAGCCAGCAGGUGUUUACAGAUGGCUCUCCAGGAGACCAGUGGACAAAGUACAGACAACCACAGCAACAGAAGCCAUAUAACAAUCAUUCUGAGAUGUCUGAAGCUCUAAAAAUAAAGAACAUGAGGGGUAAUGGUAGAAAGCAAUAUCAAGACACUUCUAACCAAAAGAAGAGGACAAAUGGGGUCCACAGUCAGCCAACGAAACAGAACCAUACAUUGAAAUGUGAAAAAAAACUUAAUCCAAGAAGACUUCAGGAUAACUUUGAAACAGAUGCAGCAGCGUAUGAUGUGUGUUUCUCCAUUGAAGACCUGCUGGAACAUACAGAGGCACACUCUGUGGCAUGUAAUGGUCAUUACAAAAUCACUUUCUCAUCAAGAGCUUUCUUGAGCUUCAAGUUUGACUAUGAUGCCAUAAUGAAAAGUUUUGACCUCUGACAGCAAACCUAUUAUGGAUGAACAAAAAUCAAAGACUGACCUUUUGCAGCAAAAGUUUUCAUUUAUUACAAAAAUACCUGGCUUCCUCACUGAGGAACCCCAAACAAAGGCUGCAGAAAACAGGCCUGAUUUUAUGAAAUCUAGCAUAAAUGUGAGUUGAAAAUAAAUUUGAUAAAUAUGCAAUAAUUUCUAUUUCUUUGUGUACAAGGUACUGUUUCAGAAAUAUGUAUUGACACAGUUUCCUUCUUUCUCGAGGUCUCAAACAGCUUAUUAAAUGUGUUUGUAUAUGACCUGCCUUUGGGUUUCAGGGUGCCCUGCACUGUGAACAUUUCAGAUUGUUUACUCUUACUAGUUUUGUAUGUCCUUUUUAUGUGUUUUAUGUUCAAAAUGUUAAAUGAAUCAUUUUAUACUUUGUAUUCCAAAGUGUAGGAGUACACCUUACAGGAAUGUCUGUAAAAGAGUGAAGAAAUAGCAAAUGGAUGAUUGAGUUUCAUUCAGUGGAUUUUUUGGUUUUCAGAGUGGGUGGGCAUUUGGUGAGGCAAGAUUAUCUAGUCCAAUUGACUGUGAAUGGACUUCAGAGAUCUAAGUGCUUGUUGGUGUGAAGAUGCUUGAAAAGUAAGCAUGUCAGUUUACUGUGCUUGGAAUAAAACAACUCACCUGCAGUUGCUAAUCAAAUUGUCGCUCACUCAUUUGUGUCCUUGAAGUUAAGAAUCAUGAAAUUAUGAGGAAGAAUGUUUAAUGGACAAAAAGCUCAAUGCAGGUACUGGAAAUUCUGGAAUUAGUUCACGUAGCAGUCACUAGUACUACAUAAACAGUAAUUUAUUUUAGUUUUUUAGUGCAGUUGUAUGCAUUUUUCCCCCAAUUCUUUUUAUGCAGUGUGGAGUUUUGGUUUUUAAUUUUGGAGGAUUUUGUGACUAUAGACUAAUUUAGCAUGUUUUGUAACUUGAUUGUCUUUAAAAAUUUCCAUUUUUCAAUACACAUUGCGUGCUAUUGAAUCCUGCACAGAGUUUGAGCUCUGGAGAUAGAGGUAUGGAGAGGGGAAAAUAUUUUAAUUCACAAUUGAAAGAUUCCCUUUCUGUAUGUUUAGUUUAUAGUAAGUCUCUCUUACAAAACUACAGGUUUACAUACCGUGCUCUGAUCGUAGUUUACUUUGGAGAUCUACAAAAACAAUGUUCACUGUGUUUACUCUUUGACUGUUUAAAAUGCUGCAUGUAUAACCACUGCAUUUGAAUGUUAAGGCAGACUGUGCAGUCUGGUUAUUCCUAACAUGUUUCCAAUCAGAUUGUCAUUUUAAUAUGAAAAGUGCAUUUUCUUCUGUGAUCACUGAUUUUAAGUGGGUUUUUUUCAGUGUGAUUUGCCCCCCAACCCCCACUGCCUUCAUCUUUGGCUGGCCUGAAUCAAGCUCUAUAUCCAUGUUGGAACUUAAAGUGUUACUGUUGGGCCAUAUGGCCAGUUUUAUAGUGUUAGCUCAGUGAGCUUUUCAUUUUUAGCUACCUGGUUCAAAUCCUGAUUUAACAAAUCAUACUGAUUACUUCAGUCUAGGAGCUAGAAUGUCUUGAGUUAUUCCAGUGUCUUUUCUCUGGGCUAACCCCAAGGUGCACUAAAUUUGUAAAACUAAAUUUACUGGAAUUUAUUCUAAUCUAUGUUGGGAAGCCAAAACUUUUGGAAAAAUGAGCUUGUGGAAUAGUAUAAAUCUCCUUUAUAGACUUAAGUAAUUUGCAGUUUAAACAUAGGCACAAGACUGUUGUUUUAGCUUUGUUGAUAUAGGUUUCAAACUGCUUUUGGAAUUACACUAGACGAAUUAUUUUUUUUUUCAACCUUUUUGUGGACCUUAAAAAAUUUCAAAUGGAGGUGUGGGCCCCUUUGGAAAUCUUAGACGUAGUCUGUGGACGCCCAGGGGGCUGCAAAUCACAGGUUGAAAACCACUGCCCUGGACUGACUUUGAGUCUACUUCAGCAUUUUAGUGUUGAAGCAACCAAAAUAUUUAAGAUGUGGAGUUUAUGCAUGAAAUUAAUUCACCCAUAAUAGAAAGUGCACUAUGAAGGCUCUCUUACAGUAAACGAGGCUUAGAAAGUUAAGCACUGGUCAUGCUCCCCCCCCCCCUUUUUUAAUAUAUAUUUGUAGCAAUGUUCUUAUUCAUCAAUGGAGGGAGCAAGAGAAUGGGCUAAAAGCUAGUAUUUGCACUGUUUUUUAUACUGUACGUAAGCACUGAUAAGAAAUGCAGUGUGUUCUUUUCCAAGUGUGCAUUUCACUACUGUUCCAAGUAAGUUAUAAGCCUUACUGUGAGGGUGUGAUACUGCAUAUGUAGCAAUUCCUUCCUUCAUAGUCACAUUCAGCAUCAUGCAAGAACAAAUGUCUCAAUUUUAAAUGUUGUUCUACUGACCUAAUGCUUGGGUUUAACUUUACAGUGACUUUAGAAACCAUGAAAAUCAAUGUUUGCUUUUUUCUUUAAUCUAAUGUGACUCCAAUUUUGGGACAAUCUGUAGGAAACAUGAACCAAAAUGAUGGCACGUUCUGUAUUACAGAAAGGCCUAUGCUCCUGAUAGUUUGCCAGCUAACACAUACAGGAUAUUUGGGGAAGGAGCAGGAUGGGAUUUAAGGAGUUUUACUCAAUGGCUUGUGAAGGUAUCUGUUCAAAUGAUUUCUGGCUGGACAGGAAGAAAAAACAUACCAUUUGGUAAUUCUGCAGGAAAAAGAACUUGUGUGUAGAAAUAACUUGUUCAUAUUUAAUUUAACAAAACUAUACCAUGAAAUUGUUUAAAACAUUCAUACUGUAUGAAUUAUUUGUUCAAAAGGUAAAUUGUACAAAGAGGUGAAAACUAACUUUUAACUUGCUAGUCUUUUAUUACAUAUCUUUUAAUAAGAUAUAGAAAUCAUGGUCUAAAUGUUGAAAGUGCCACAAAUUUUGUGAUGAGAAAUGCAACAGGUUUUUCAAUGAGAUGUUGAUGUACAUAAAAUGCUAUAAUUAAAACUUAAUUUGCUUUGCUGAUUGUGACAAGAACAUGAUUGAAUCUUGUAAGCUCUCUUGAGGACAUUCGGAUAGAAUUAUUACACUAGGAGGGGAUCACCUUUUAUUCUCACCAGUUUGGAACAGUCUUGUUACAUAAAAAAACAUUAGAUGAAAUGGUAUGCUAAUAAAUCCUAAGAGCUACCUGAUUUCUAGAGAGCAAAUAUAUUUCUCAGUCUUCUAACAGACAACCACAUACAAUAUCCAAAGAAAAAUUAUUCCAUGUUGUACAAAAAAUGUCUAAGUUCUAUGAUUGUCUUGCAGAAACAUAAGCAAUGACAAGGAUUAGUUCUGGGAUGAGGAAGUAUUCUGUUGUAUAGGCCAGGUAUGAGUGAUACUUUAAGAAUGAGGUCCAUCUUUACUGGUGGUAGGUGUUAAAUGCUCAUAUUGGCUUAAAAAUGUAUUUGUAGUAUUAUGCUAAUUAAACAUGAAAAGUUACAGUUUUAUUCAGUUUCUAUGAGCUAGUCCUGAAGAGCACCAUUCAACUCUUAAAAUUUAGGUAAGAUCUGUAACCAUACUAACAAAUAUUUACAUGUAUUUUUGAAGCAUUGUGUACAUUCACUGAUCUAGAAAUUGAAGCACAUCGUUUGUUAGACCAUUAACAUUUAGAGUCAUUGGCUGUUCCUUUGUAAUUCUGAUAGUAAAAAAUGCUUUAAAGUAUGACUGGAUAAAAUUGUUAUGUUCAUACUUCAUUAUUACAGUAACUGUUGGCGGUUUGAAAUUUCAUGUCUGUGCAGCUUACAACCUUACACUGUAGAAUGUUUUGACUUAUAUUGCCUUAAAUGCCCAGUAGUAGCACUGAUUCUACAUGUGCCAUUUACAAGCGCGCUAAAGUUAAAACUGACUGGAGCUGGAUUCUGAACUUUUUAAAGACAAUGUGAGCAGGACAUAAGGGGAUGCUUUUGACAAUGUUUGGAACCUUGGAUGAGAGGAUUUACUGUCAGUGCUUUUGAAGUAUUUGUGAAAUGGAGUGAUUUGUCAUUAAAAGAAUCAAAUGUGUUCAACUGUCUAUAUGUACCCUUCCAAUGUAUAAUUGGAGGGCCUGUUUCAUAUUCUUCUUGUACAUAUUCUCUAUAAAUUUAAUGAGGUAUCUGCAGACCUACUUUUAAGUUUAAUACAGUCCUGGGAAGCUGUUCCUACUUUUUUUUUUUUUUUUUUUAAUAAAGUAUAGGGGAAUGGAAAGGUGGUAAAACUUCUGUUUUUCUACUAAGAAAACAGAACAACUCCACUUAAGGCAUCUAUACUAAUGUUGGAAUUGACAUAAUUUAGGGAUAUUAAGAUUUUUUUUUAAUAGCAUUGUCAAAAGUGAAAAUAGGUAGGUUCAUUUAGUCUGUACCAUCUAUCAAAUCUUCAAUACAUGAUUGUCAAGUUAAGUUUUAGAGUGUAUGUAACUAGUUACAGGACUGAAACUAAUAAGUGAAACCCAUACAUUAGCAUUAGAAAUAUUUAUUCAGAAUAUAAGAACAUUUGUAAAAUAAAAAGUAUUAUAAAUGUCUCUGUAUAAAUAAAUGCAGUUUUUACAAUUCUAUAUCAAAUAAACACAAAACUAUUUUACAGCAGCUAAGGAACUAAAAAGCAGAACACGGUUAAGGCAAAUCAAUUAGGUGAAAAGUCUCUAAAAUUACAACAUAUAGUACAAUGUUAAGUGACAUUUUUAAAUGAAAAACUUCCAGUAUAAACAGUGGAAUACUGACGUUAAUGCAAACUUAGUCACAUGUGCUUUCUAAUAACUAACAAUACAUUCAAGCUGGUGUAAAGGUUUUUUAUACCUUUUUAAUUAGAAAAGUACUUUUUCAGAACAAUAUGAAAUAUAAAAUUUCAUGCACUGUAUGACACUCAAUUUUUAAAAAGUCAUAAGAACAAGAUACAAAUUAAUACUCUUGCACUUGUCUGUUAAGAGACUGAAGGAGAAUUGAAUAGGUUCUUAUAAAUAGAACCUAACUUAUCUAUUGAACUCAAAUGAGGUUUUUUUUUAAAUUGUGGGAGUUGGGUGGCAAUGUCUACAGGUGAUGUAAGUUACUUCUGAAGAUAGAAUGCACACUUGUCAGUUCAGAUAAAGACUACAUAAUACUUCAAGCUGGUGUUUCAAACAGUUGCAUAAUUAAAUAUUAGGUUUUGGAAUUUACUGUUUUAAGAUGGUCAUUUUUGUAACUAGGGCUACUGCUACUUUUAACCUCUUACAAGAAGCACUAAAACAUUGAACACAAACUCUUGAUUGGUGUAAAGCUAUUUCACCACUAUUUCCUAUUGGUCCUAUCCCCACUCCCUUUUCUAAUAUACUAACAAAUGAAACAGUACGUUGUAGGUACCCACAUCUCCCUUUUAACUGUUGGAGAUUCCAUGGCAGAGGCUGUGACAAAGCAAAUACUGUCUUGCUCAUCAUCAUGGAAGAAAUGUUGGGUAGGUUAUCUUUAAUCACCUUGAUAUGGAUUAUUUGCUGUAAAUUUUACAUCUUUAUAGCAUUCUUAAAAUGUAUUUGAAAUAAAACAAAUUGCUAAAAACAAACUCAAAAGGCAGGUUAAAAUUGGCACCAUUACAAAAUAAUAUGUAAUCCUUGUGAUUUAAAUGAGUUGGGAAACCUGUACAUCAUUCCUCAUCCCUUUGAAAUCUGAGUAAAGUUCUGGCUCAAUAUUCCUGCCUAAUAAAAUUGUCUAUACACAGGACAAUUUUGGAGAGCGACAAGGCAAGCCUAGACUGUGUGGUCAUAUAAAAACUUCUACCUAAUUCAAAACAGUAAAUACUCUACUAAACAGAACCCCUUUGCCUGAAUAAGGGGACUACAGCUUUGGACCUAUUAUCUAGCCACUUCCAUCUAGACUUAACCCUCACCAUCAGACUUAAGGACUUGAACACUGCUGCCUAAUGUAGGGCUGAUCUCCAGGAGGUAAAGUUGAUGGCUUGAGAGUCCUUGAACCUGUGGGACCUGGCUUAGUGCAUCUCUCACACUAUCAUUUCUAAGUAGGGUUGCGCACACAUUCCUUUAGCACCAGCAAAGUUAGUUCCCUGUGGUUGCAAGUCAGGUAACAGGGCUCUACCAGGUGGCCCUUCAUUUGUAAAUAAUGCUGUUUCUUUCAUUUAUGCUGGUGUAGUCAAGAGGCUGGGUUUGGCAUGGUUGCAGCUUAUGUUGUUUCAGAUUUGCUACUCAACCUUCACUGAUUUUAAGGAAAGAGAACAGCAGUUGCUGAAGGGAAUGAAAGCAUUGGAAACCAGCAUUAAGAACCAUUGAAGUUUAAAUCUCACCUAAAGCUGUUUUUAACCUGCUCCUUAAAAACCUGAAAGCAAAUCCCCUUAUUGUCCCUGCUUAACAUCUGGGAGCAGCAAAGCAUGAUACCAGCUAGGAAGGCCAAAGGCUUAGUCUAGGCAAGGAUUACUCAGGGUAGAGAGCCAUGGCCACAGCUCUUUGGAAAUACUUUAAAAGCGAAAGAAGCUUUUAGAGAGAAAUUCACAUCACUUUAAACAGGUCUAGGAAACUCUAGACAAGUCCCAAAACAGACCAAAAAAAAAAAAAACCAACAAAUUCCUGUGACAGGUGGGAAUGACAGCAGACUUUUGAAAAUCUAUUUGCCAAGGAAAGCACCUCAAUCUUGAUCAAUACUAAACAUACUAGCACUGUAGUAAUAAUAAUAAAGUUAACUGAUGCCAGGUUGAUUAAACUGAUGAGGGUGGUUUGUUUUGUUUUCUCACUGUCUGAGCACUUAAAAGUCCUGUGAACAAGGCCCAAAGGAGCUGGGAUGAGUGCCAUGUCUGAGACUACACCUUCUGCUUCCUAGAGGUGGCAACCUGAUCUCUGUGCUUCACUUAGCCUCAUUCAGUCUUACCAUGUGCUAGCUAGCAUGACAUGAGAAACGGACUGGCUUGAACAGAGAAGUCCACACAUUAUAA